CACGCUCCAUCCCCCACCCCAGAGCCGGGCCCGCACCACAGCCUGCCUGCCUGAGGGGAGACGUGCGCCGGGGACACGGAGAGCGACUGACUGCGGCGCCAUGGCCUGAGGAGGAGGCGGCUAUUACCCCGGCUGUGCUACCGAGUGACGGGCAGGAGCUGACCCGGGCUACCCCGCACCGGGCCGCUCACCCCAUGGGAGGUGCAGGGGCCGCACACUAGCCUUCCUGCGCCCCAAUAUCUGCCCCCACCCUGCACUGCACUACCUGGGGAGCUCACCCGCCUGGUGCACCCCACUACCUGGGGGCCUCUGCUGCCUGCACCCCAUCACCUGGGGGCCCACCUGCCUGGACCUAAACCCCCUCCCCAGGAGCACCCCGCUACCUGGGGGCCUCUGCUGCCUGCACCCCAUCACCUGGGGGCCCACCUGCCUGGACCUAAACCCCCUCCCCUGGUGCACCCCGCUAGGUGGAAGAAGCCCCAGGGGGACUAGUCUGUCUGCACCCCACUAUCUGGAGCUACAACCCCUCUACUGCACCUCCUCGGUGCCCCCCACUGGAGGACCCACCUGUCUGGAGCAACCGUACCCCAGCUGCACCCCACUAUCUGGAGGACCUGCCUGGAGCUAACCUUCCCCAGCUGCACCUCCUUAGUGCACCCCACUAUCUGUAGGACCUGCCUGGAGCUAACCGUCUUCAGCUACACCUCUUUGGUGCACCCCACUAUCUGGUGGACCUGGCUGCCUGGAGCUAACCUUCCCCAGUUGCACCUCCUUGGUGCACCCCACUAUCUGGAGGACCACUCACCCCUCCAUGCUGGAUGUGUGUCUCUACCACUGACAAUGGGGGAUUUCUAUGAUCCAGAACACCCGACUGAGGCAGAAAAAGAUGAUCAGAGAGCACAGGAGGAAAUACAGAGCCCUCCUGACCAACAUGAAGAAGAAAAUGAGGCCAAGAAUGAAAGCUCCUCGAAGUUUGGAUUCGGCAAAACGUCAUCCACAUUCAAGGGCGUUUCCUCAAGCAGAUUCCUACCGAAAGGAACCAAAUCCAAGGUCAAUUUGGAAGAGCAGGGACGACAGAAGGUCUCUUUUAGCUUUAGUUUUACAAAGAAAACCUUACAGAACAGAUUGCUGACGUCCUCGUUAGCCAACGACAAGCAGAAUGAGUCGCAGACUGCGCCACCCGCCCUCAGUCCAGCCGAGCAUAUCUCAAAGCUUAAGAUGGACUUUGCAGAAUCCACCGGGGCAGCUACGGAAGUUUCUCCUACAAAACACAAGGUUGGACUGGGAAAAAUUCAUUUCAAAAAGCAUCUUCUAAGUGUUACAAACAAGCUACCAGCACCACAACCUCUAUCGCCACCACCUCCGCCCCCACCGCCUGCUGUCUCAUUAGCAGUGCCCACAUCCCCUUUGUCCUCCACAAAAGGGUCACCAUUGGAAAACAUAAAGUCUUUGCUGGAACCAGAAGUAGUUACAGCUGCCACCAGCUUGGUUUUGCCGCCAUCAUCCGAGAAAGUACCUAAGUUUAUUGCGUUCUCUAAAGAUCAGUCGUUAUCGCCUUCUGACUCACCGAAAGCUGGCAAGAAGGACAGUAAAGAGCGCUCAAUAGUUUCUGUUGUAGAAAGCUCGAGCACUCAGGCGGUUGCUGACAAGACAGAGACAACUCCGUCAAAGGAAUACUCCCAUAUUGGGAAAGACGGUAAGAAUUCAGCCAGUUUACAAAACAUCAAAUCAAAUCCAAGCCCAGAAAAGCUCAGUGCGAAAACAAAGCUGUCCCACUCGGAUUCUUUGGCAGCUGGCUCGGAGUCUGACGAAGAUUCCAUUCAGACCUCCUCAAGCCACCGGUCACAUGAGAAUAAAACGGCUACAAGCAGGGAAAGAGACUCCAAAAGAAGCUCAAUGUGUCUGAGAAGUGACGACGGUGGGAAAUAUUCUUCAUCAAGAUCGAAGUCUGGAAAAGAUCAGAAACAUUCUAGUUAUUCCAAGUUAGGCAGAGAUUCAAAAUACUCGUACUCUCAUUCUAGGUCAGACCGUGACAGGAGAAGGAGUAGGUCUCAUUCCAGGUCACGUUCCAGGUCUAGGUCUGACAGAGGUCCAAAAAGUAGCUCAUCAUAUUCCAGAUCUGACCGCUCACAUUAUUACGAGCCUGAACGACGGUACCAUAAAAGUUCCCCAUACAGGACAAGAUAUUCUCACUCCUAUGCAGACAGCAGAGCAAGAGACAGUUCUGAUUCAGAAGAUGAUCAUAGAAGAACUCAUUCCAGAUCAAGUGAUUCCCGACGCCCAUCGUCUAGCUCUCAUUCCUCAUCUUUCAGAGAAACCAGGACUACUUCACAUUCAAAAUAUGAUAAAGAUUCAAAAUAUGAUAAGGAUUCUAAAUUUGAGUCUUCUCAUAACUCCGAUCGAAGGGGAAGAGCCACAAGCAGAGCUGAAAAAGAUCUCUGGUCCUCGGAAAGAGCGUACGUCAAAAAAUGUUCUCCUCAAAAAGAAACUGAUGUUAAACAAGGGUCUACCCACUCCAGAAUGGACAGUGGUACAAGUUCCAGUUUCAAAUCAAACGCCACCAAAUUCGCAGACUCCAAACCAGAUCAUGUGAAAUCUGGAACUAAGAUUUCAAAGUGGGACUUGGAGAUGAAGCUGGUAAACAGAGAGGAGCAGAUAAUAGUCAAAACAGAAGAAGCUGUUUCUGCAGAAAUAACUGUCCACGUGAAGGGUGGUCCGGCUGAUCUGCAGAGUUCUUCUAAUAUUUCCUUUAAAAAGAACGAUCGUUCCCCCUUUACGGAAAACGGAUCACCCAGCAGUCGGGAUUCUGCCAGAAAAAGUUCUGCUCGGACAACAACCGAUGACAACCAAAGUAGAAGUCCUCUGAUGAAUUAUGAUCUCUCCCCUGGACACACUUGGGAUUUUGUGACCCUCAGUUCAACAGAUGAUGCUCCAACAGAAGAGCAGAAUGAGAUGCAGUGCGCUGACAGCUGUCAUUUAGACACCCCUACUGUAGAAGAGCCAGAUUCCCCACGUGUCUCAGCUCAAAGCGUGGCUAAGACACCAGAUAAGUUGGAGUAUGCAGGAGAGGCUCAUGCAACACAUCGGCAUAAUGGGUUAGGGGUCUAUGAUCGGUGCAAUGACAGCAUUUCUCUGAAUGCUAAAGGUGAGUGUUCUGCUUCUGUUACACAGAAAGAAGAAUCGAUGUCUGUGGCAGAGACAAAAGACCAACAAAUCAUGGAGAACCGCGCCAAAGAGUCAAGUCCUCUCCACGCUACAAACGAAAUGGACUCAUACAAUGACUAUAUCGAAACUCCCACAGAUGAAUUGCAUUGUUCCGAGCCAGAACCAGUGGUUGAGGAUGAUUCCUCAUUUCUAGAUCAAUCUAUGCCCCAGGUUACCAUUUUGAUUCCAGAAAAAUUACAUACGGCAGAGACUAUGGACAAUGAAUUGACUCCUGAAACUACACCGUCCCCUGAUCUCUCCCCAGAGAUGGAGCCAUGUGUUCUAGAAAUGACUACAAGUGAUGAUCCACUCAUUAGCGAAGAGUUCUGUCUUACCACUGAAAUCACUGUGUGUAGUGUAGAUCACAUGGAAGAUGAAACCCCACCAUUAUCCCCGUAUUUGGACGAAGAAAAUGCUUUGCAAAUCAGAUGUUCUCCACAGACCAUUUCAGAAAAUGUGGCCCUUCAAGAAAGUUCUUUUCUUUCACCCGCAUCUCUAAAGAAAGAGUUGGAGGUCCAGAAAGAAAACCAUGAAUCUUCUGAGGAGAAUGAGGAGGUCCAAACAGCUGGUGGUGCUGAGAAGAUACAAAAAGAUGCUCCACAACUAAUCCCUGACAUCAUUAAACCUACAGUAAACUUCAUUAACGCUGUCAGGGCUUAUUAUUCAGAAUCGGAAGAAAGCGAAAGUGAAGAGAGUGAGUCAGAUGACACCGAUUCUGAUGACAGCGGGCUCCCCAGGAACCGUUUGCAGUCAGUUGUGGUGGUCCCCAAGACCUCUACGUUAACCGUGGAUGAAGCAAAUUCAUCCCCAUCCUCUGAUCACCCAGAAAUGGUGCCUGAGGAACCUGAUGAGAAAGAUGCAAAUCUACCUGAAGAUAACACAUUAGAAGAAGUUAAUGAUGAAGUCCCUGAAGUAGUUGUGAGCAAUGAAAUGUCCAACAUACUAGAAGAUGAGGAAGAAGCCAUCACUCCAGUACCAAGUCCUCUUUCAGUUCAUUCUCCAGAACCAAGUCCUCUUUCAGUCCAUUCUCCAGAACCAGAGAUCCAGCACCCUCCAUGUGAUACUGACGUCAGCACAAGCCACCAGUUGACCUCUGAAAAUAAAACUGAGGGUGAUGCCUCUAUUGAAGAUAACAUGAAAGAGCCUGUUGCCCCAAGUCAAGUCAGAGCACUUACUCUUCAACCAGAAGAGCCAGCAGUGCCAGCUCCUCCUCCUAAGCCUAUCAUAUCCAACCACCCACCAAUUCAGAACUCCGCAGAGAGACCAGACAGUUGGCAACAGGAAGCGCUAUACAGUCAUACAACAGGGGGUGGAGACUUUUCCAAAGUUGAUGGGUUCCAGGCAACAGAAGACGUGUCUGAUCUGAUUUGGGACUUUGAAAAGCCGAGUAGCACUUACCAGCCACCUGAUAGCAGUUACAUGCACUUUAGUAAUGAACAGCAGCAUUGCAGCGGUGUAUAUGAUCGUUCUCAUAAUUACAGGGGAGACAAUGGUUAUUGGGAUCCCAGAUACCACAACAAAGCCCCCAUGUUUUCCUAUGGCAAUUCCUCUGGCCACGCUGCCGACUCUCUUACAAACUGUUACAAUGACGAGGACGAUGACUUUGGUUUGGAAAACAAUCAAGCGCAGGACUUUUCGCGGCAUCCCAAUAAGUCUUACUAUGAUAAAUCUAGAGAGAUUGGCUCCGUGCAAGCUCAUGAGAUCAGCAGCAAUUCCGUGAAGGAGAAUGUGCCGCGAAGCGAGAGGAGAGAGCCAGUGGUGAGGGAUCGAGCGGACCUAAAGGAUAGAGGACCACCCAAAAAGAGAAGACAAGAGAUGGAGAGCGACUCUGAGAACGAUGUAGAUGCCCUGGAGAAGAGGAAACUGAGGAUGGAGGCAAGUCUCAUUGACUCUCCGGCCUCCAAGCAAGGGAAGGCGGGCACCCUCUGCCCCAUGGACGAAUUUAGGGACCCGCAGCACUGGAAAGAGUUUUCCAAGUAUGGGAAGAUGCCUCCCUACUUUGACCUGAUUGAAGAGAAUCUUUACUUAACAGAAAGAAAGAAGAAUAAGAGUCACCGGGACAUUAAACGGAUGCAGUGCGAGUGUCCUCUGCUCUCUAAAGAAGAGCGACACCAGGGAGAGGUGGCCUGCGGGGAGGACUGUCUGAACCGCCUGCUCAUGAUUGAGUGCUCCUCACGAUGUCCAAAUGGAGACUACUGCUCCAACCGGCGCUUCCAGAGGAAGCAGCACGCCGAUGUUGAAGUCAUCCUAACGGAGAAGAAGGGCUGGGGUCUCCGGGCCGGCAAAGAUCUUAAACCGAAUACAUUUGUACUGGAGUAUUGCGGAGAGGUUCUAGACCACAAGGAGUUUAAAUCCCGAGUGAAGGAGUACGCUCGCAGCAAGAACAUCCACUACUAUUUCAUGGCACUGAAGAAUGAUGAGAUUAUCGAUGCCACCCAGAAAGGCAACUGCUCGCGUUUCAUGAACCACAGCUGUGACCCCAACUGUGAGACCCAGAAGUGGACGGUGAACGGCCAGGUAAGGGUGGGCUUUUUUACCACCCGAUUGGUUCCUGUUGGCGCAGAGCUGACCUUUGAUUACCAGUUCCAGAGAUACGGCAAAGAGGCCCAGAAAUGCUUCUGUGGGUCUGCCAACUGCCGGGGUUACCUCGGCGGGGAAAACCGCGUCAGCGUUCGAGCAGCCGGGGGCAAGAUGAAGAAGGAAAGGUCCCGCAAGAAGGAUUCUGUGGACGGGGAGCUGGAAGCUCUGCUGGAGAAUGGGGAAGGUCUGUCGGAUAAGAACCAGGUGCUCAGCCUAUCUCGGCUGAUGGUCCGAAUCGAGACCCUGGAGCAGAAGCUCACCUGCCUGAAAUUGAUCAGGAACACACAGUCCCAGUCCUGCCUGAAGUCUUUCCUGGAAUGUCACGGGCUCUCCCUGCUGUGGAUCUGGAUGGCUGAACUUGGAGACAACCGGGGGAACACUAGUAAUAGCAUGAAGCUGCAGCUGGAGAUCGUAAAAACGUUGGAGCUGCUUCCCAUCCCCAAUAAGAACAUGCUGGAAGAGAGCAAGAUUCUCCCCAUUAUCCAGCGAUGGGCCCAGACCAAAACUGCCAUCCCACAGCUCAGCGAGUGCGAUGGCUACUCCAGUGAAAACACCUCCCGGGCACACACCCCACUCAACACCCCUGAUACAGGUGCCAAGCUCAGCACUGAGAUGGAAGGCGAGACUCCCAAGAAGCUGGUGUUGCGGAGGCUGAAGAUCAUUAGUGAGAACAGCAUGGACAGUGCCGUGUCUGAUGUGGCCAGCGAGCUGGAGAUGAAGGAAGCCGUGGGAAAGCCAGAGGCGCCAGCCGCCGAGGAGCAGACGGAUGACCAGCAGCCAAAGGAAGAGACAAAGGUUGAGGGUGCUCCACAGCCCCCACUAGCCACAGAGCAGCCACUCCUGACCCCCAAAACAGAGGACGAUCCAGCACCUGAGGGGAGCAGAGAACCAGCAGCGGAACCCGAGUCCAAGGAGGCCAACGGCCUGAAAGUGGAGGAGGCCUCUGCGGUGGAGACUCCGUCUCAGGAUGAGGAAGAAGGUGUCUCCGACGUGGAAAGUGAGAGAAGCCAGGAGCAGACGGACAAGAUGCUGGAUAUGGGUGAACUGGCCAACAAACUCCUGGACGGAUGGAAAGAUCUAAAGGAGGUGUAUCGGAUCCCAAAGAAAUCGCAGGUGGAGAAGGAGAACUAUGACCGCUGGCGGGAGUCCCCAGGUGGGAACUACAUGACGCCGAGCAUGAAGAAUCAGAGCCGGGAGCGGGAGUCUGAGCGGCAGAGCCAGAGGAAGCGCCGGCAGUCUCCAUCUCCGCCCUCCUUCUAUGAACGCAGCUCAAAGAGAGGCGAAGAUCGGUAUGACACCCCAGCCUCCUCCAAGAAGAAGGGUCGCCUGCAGGACCGGAACAAGCUCUCCACGGAGGAACGGCGGAAGUUGUUUGAGCAGGAGGUGGCGCAGAGAGAGGCCCAGAAGCAGCAGCAGCAGAUGCAGAAUAUUGGCAUAGCGUCUCCCAUUCCCUACGACCCCAUUCCUUAUGGCACUCCGCUGCCCCCACCCUUCAUCACCUACCCUCAAGGAUACCCCAUCCAGUCCUUUGUGGACCCAAUAAACCCAAAUGCUGGAAAAGUUCUGCUGCCUACGCCGCCACAUGACACGGUCAAUUCCCCGAACAGCUAUGACCCCUCCCAGAUGGCGGUUAAUCCCAACAUGCUAACCCCCCAGCCGGUCCCCAUGGUGCAACAUGUAGCAGGCCCCAUGGACGUUCCUACACAGCAUUAUGUAGCUCAGCCAGAACCACUGGUGCCCCAGGAGCCCAAUGUGACUGUGAUGCCGGUGCCAGCAACCAGCUCUGUGCCACCUCAAACCUAUGGGGUCUGGGACCCCAACCAGCAAGCCGUGGCAGUCCAGCAACACCAACCCCCGCCUCAGUACCCACCACCACCUGCCCAGCCGGCCAUCUACUACCCAGGACAGCCCUGCCCGGCUGUGUACGGAAUGCCAGCCGCCUACACGCAGACGGCUCAGACCAUGGUGCCGAGCUACACGCAGCCCGGUAUGCCAUAUAUGCCAGGUCAGCCGAUAUACGCACCGCAUCCGCAAGGCGUUGUUGUGCAGCAAGGUCCCCCAUUGGCUGCAAUCAUUCCUCCUGGACAGCCGCCACCGAUGCAGCCGGAAAUGGGAUUGCCCGCCAACAACAUCCUGGAUCUUCCUCCACCGUCUCCCCCCAAACCUAAAACCAUCGUCCUGCCACCCAGCUGGAAAACCGCCCGGGACCCCGAGGGUAAAAUCUACUAUUACCAUGUAAUAACCAGACAGACCACGUGGGACCCUCCUUCCUGGGACAGCCCUGGGGAUGAAGGGGACAGCCUAGACCACGAGUCUGAAAUGGACCUGGGAACGCCUACGUAUGACGAGAACCCGAUGAAGUCUUCCAAAAAAGCUAAAACGGCUGAAGCCGACACAUCCAGCGAACUGGCGAAGAAAAGCAAAGAAGUCUUUAGAAAAGAGAUGUCUCAAUUCAUCGUGCAAUGCCUGAACCCGUACAGGAAGCCGGACUGUAAGAUGGGACGAAUAAAUAACACAGAGGACUUCAAACAUCUCGCCCGCAAGCUGACGCACGGCGUCAUGAACAAGGAGCUGAAAUACUGCAAGAACCCGGAGGACCUGGACUGCAAUGAGAACGUCAAGCAUAAAACCAAGGAGUACAUCAAGAAGUACAUGCAGAAGUUCGGCUCUAUCUACAAGCCCAAAGAGGACGUGGACUUUGAGUAGCGCCCUCUAGUGUCUGGGUUACCGCUCCCCUGUUCUCAGACCACAUAAAGCCUGUGCGGCCCAUAUCGGUUAGGGUAUGAUCUCUGACAGUGUGCUCUGUCGUCAGAGGUCUUUUUAUCCCUUGCGGAUCAGAAGAGUGGAUUUGAGUGUAAGCUCUGUGGACAUAUUUUCUGAAUUGUGCUUCCUCGCCCUCUUCUCUCCGCCUUUCCCAACUGUACAGCGCAAUAAAUUGUGGACAUCUAAGGGGGGGGGGAUUGUUGUUUUGUUUUUCUUUUCUUCCUCCCUUCAUGGGCCUGUAUUAUAUUUUAACAUAUAUGUGAAUAUAAUGUUAUAUAUUUUUGUUUCAUGUUCCAGCCCCUCCUGUACUGACGAAUCCUCCUGACGAGUGCUAUUAAAUCAUGAGUUUCAUCUUGUAAAUAUUCCACAGCUUAACGCCAAUUGUGUUUAUCUAGAAUUUUUUUUUAAUUCAUUAAUUAUAUUUCCAUUCCCCCCGAUGUGUUUUUUAGGCAGAUUUGUGCAUUGUUGAUUUUUAUUUUCUUCUUGUUUUUUUUUCCUGCCUUUAUCAUUUUACUUCACAUUUUUACAGAAUUUUUUAUGUAUAAAAGCAAAAAAAAGAGAAUAAAAUACAUUUGCCUACAA